GCCCAGCGCGGCCACUAGCUCCGCGGCCCGGCCCUCGCGCGGGAGCGCAGGCGGCGACAGCGCUGCGUCCGGCCCGGCGGCCCCCGGCUUUCUCCUGCGGCGACGCGGUCCCCGGCUCGCGGAUCCCAAUGCGCCCGCUCGGCCUCGUCUACACUCUGGUCUGCGCAAACUUUUGCAGCUAUCGGGACACUUCUGCAGCUCCGCAGAGCGCAUCAUCCAUCAAAGCUUUGCGCAACGCCAACCUCAGGCGAGAUGAGAGCAAUCACCUCACAGACUUGUACCGAAGACACGAGACCAUCCAGGUGACAGGACACGGCCACGUGCAGAGCCCUCGCUUCCCCAACAGCUACCCCAGGAACCUGCUCCUGACCUGGCAGCUCCAAUCGCAGGAGAAAACCAGAAUACAGCUUGCCUUCGACCACCAGUUUGGCCUGGAGGAGGCCGAAAAUGAUAUCUGUAGGUAUGAUUUUGUGGAAGUUGAAGAUGUAUCUGAAACCAGUACCAUAAUUAGAGGACGCUGGUGUGGGCACAAGGAAGUUCCUCCAAGGAUAACAUCAAGAACGAACCAAAUUAAAAUAACAUUCAAGUCUGAUGACUACUUUGUGGCUAAACCUGGAUUCAAGAUUUAUUAUUCUUUUGUGGAUGAUUUCCAACCCGCAGCAGACUCAGAGACCAACUGGGAGUCAGUCACAAGCUCUGUCUCAGGGGUACCCUAUCACUCUCCAUCAGUAACGGACCCCACCCUCACUGCGGAUGCUCUGGACAAAACAGUCGCAGAAUUUGAUACCGUGGAAGAUCUGCUCAAGCACUUCAAUCCAGAAUCAUGGCAAGAAGAUCUUGAGAAUCUAUAUUUGGAAACCCCCCAUUAUCGAGGCAGGUCCUACCAUGAUAGGAAGUCAAAAGUCGACCUGGACAGGCUCAAUGAGGACGUCAAGCGCUACAGUUGCACUCCCAGGAAUUACUCUGUCAACUUAAGAGAGGAGCUGAAGCUGACGCACGUGGUCUUCUUUCCCCGGUGCCUCCUUGUGCAGCGUUGUGGGGGCAACUGUGGCUGUGGGACCAUCAGCUGGAAAUCCUGCACGUGCAGUUCCGGGAAAACUGUGAAAAAGUAUCAUGAGGUAUUAAAGUUUGAACCUGGCCAUUUCAAGAGGAGGGGCAGAGCGAAGCACAUGGCUCUCGUUGACAUCCAGUUGGAUCACCAUGAGCGCUGUGACUGCAUCUGCAGCUCACGACCACCUCGAUAAAAGAGUGUGCACAUACUGACACUGAGCAUGAAUGAAUCUUUAGUUUACGGAGGGUGUGGUAAGAGACCCUUUUCCCACCAGCAACCGAACUUAACUACUAGCCUGCAAAGCAAUGAAUACAAGUGGUUGCUGAGUUUCAACCUAGCUUUGUUAGCCAUGGCAAGUAGAAAGGUAUAUCAUCAACUUCUGUAUCCCAGAAUAUAGGAUUGCAUUUAAUAAUAGUGUCGGAGAAUAUAUACGUAUACAUACAUAUGUAUAUAUUCUCCAUGUCUAUGUGUAAAUACAUCAAAUGGUUUAUUCAGUGUAUACAACCAGAGCUGACAUAUGGUAGAGUUAUUUAGACCCUUAAAAUCUUUUGACUAAUUCAGGGACAUAUUAAAUACAUGAAACAUGGCCUUGGAAGAUUCAGAAGAUUAUUUUGUUUAUUUUUAAAUUCGAAUCACAAAACAACCUUGGAUCUUGCUCUUUUAAAGAAAACCCAUUGUAUAUUAAAAAACCAAUAAAUUAGCUUUUCUUAUAUAAACAUCUUAAUUAUAAAAAAAAAGGAAAACUAUGGCUUCUGGGAAAAGCACAGAUGAUUUUUCCCAUGGGACACACUAUAUGCUUACCUAUGUAGACAAUAAUUACCUAUCUCCAGAAGCAUGCCAUAAUAAUAUAGAUGCUUUAGAAAUUAAGUCAUUAAGUCUUCUUUUUAUGCAUCUUGCUGAGGCAUGCAAAUUCACGUAACACCUGUCUCAAAAAAAUUUCUCAGAAGGUUUAUUAUUAUAAUCCUCCCAGAGACAAUUUAUUAACUGUAGCAGAAUUUUUAAUUGUUUUAUUCUGAAACUCCUCCACAGAAGUAACUCCUUUUAGAAAAUGGCAUGGGGACUCUGUAUGAGCCUUUCAAAAUAGUGUUGGUUGAAAGAUUUGGGUAGUUGAAAGUAAGAACAGUGAAUGCAGAAAUAUUAACAGAACUGGAAAUCGGAUGGAAUAUUUGAUUGGAUCCGUAUUUAAUAAUGGGUCCAAAACUCUCCAAACUAUGCCAGUUCAUUUUAUGUCUCUUGCUUAUGUGUUCCUGUCUCUUUGCUAUACAAACGUGGAUUUACAAUGGCAUUUAAAUUUGGCAAGAAUCGUGAUUUUUAGACUAAAAGCUUUUGUGUAUUAAAACCACCCGAUGUUAUUGAUGUACAUUCCUAAUUGUACCCUCACUCACCAUUCUGAAUUCCUGUUUCUGAACUAAGUGAAAUCAGAUCUGGGGUCUGUGGUUCUCUCCAGAUCUGUGGAGCUUGUUCUAAGAAGCUGUCCUGCAAGUUACAGGAACACAAAUUUGGCCUCUCUCCACCACUAGAAACCUUGAGUUUGCAUCGGCAGUCAUUCUUGGUAUUUAGGGUCAUUUUCCCUCCCUGGCUCCUCAGUGUCUUUUGGAAAGGAGACGCUCCCGGAGGAGGAGGUGAUUCGUCAUUCUCCGAAGCAAGGCUCUUGGGAGAGAGCACCACUGAAACCCAGAUAGCUCCAGGGCUACUCAGAGAGAGUUCCAGUUUUCCUGCUGCCUUGAAACAAAAAAAGGAGAGACGAUUUCUUGCAUGAGUCUAGGGCCCUAGUGACUAGAACCAGUUUGAGUGAGGGGUGUGUGAUGCGGGCUGGGUAAGCCCUGGGGCUCAGGUGAGGGGUCUAAAUACACUUGGACUUCAAAGCAUGGGCCACGUUCUGCACCGUCCUUCAUGGUAUCCUCCCUUCCUCUCAGCUCUUUGAGAUGAAAGGCCAUUGCUUAUUGAAGAUGGGAAACUUCCCUAGAAGCGCCCAGUGUUCUUACUGCAGGGAGUGAGUGGUUCUUACUGCACGUCCUGGACAGGACGUGUUCAGUUGUCCAGAAUCCCAGAGCACAGUCAGAAAGAGCCGAAGCAGACGCCCUCACUGGCAGGGACCUGCUUGUCCCCUUCACGAGCGCGUGCAAGUUUACCGUGAAGACGGCGUGGGCGCCCAAAUCAAAAUGUGUGUCACCUCACUCUGGCUUGGUGCAGCUCAUGUCGUAGCUGUAAGUAUGAAAAAUUAGAGUGUUCUACCCCAAUUUUCAGUAAACCUUCCAGGCUGCAAUAACGGGGAUGGUUUUCAGUUAAAGCCCUAACUGUACUUUUUAUUUAUUAGCUGAAAUGUAAGCGGGCACAUUCACUCACUUUUCUUUCUUCUUUCCUGAGGGUUUUAUUAAAACGUCUCCCUUGGUUAUCUGUUAUCUAUUGCACUUGCAACAUGUAGCCAAUAAAUCUGUUUCAUUGCCAUCAAAGGAAUAAAAAAGCUCGCCGUACAAAUUACAUUUCAAAACAAACCCUAAUCAAUCCGCAUUUCUGCGUGGCUCACUCACCUGGAAUAAUGCCUUUCAUUCAAUAUGUUCUCAUAGGGCAGAACACUUUCAUAAGUGGAAUUUGUUAUGUUUUUUGUCAUGUCGGUAACACGCGGCUUUUUCCUCUCGCAGCAUUUUUCUAUAGCAAAUGUAAUACGGCUCUUAUCUUCAUGAAAAAUAUAUAUUGCUUUUGAACAAAACUACUCCAUUAUUUAGUUCCCAAUUGCAGUUUUAAAAGGUAUACAGCGUUACGACCUCACUUUCACCAAUGCGUGCAGCUAUUUGGGGUGACAGGAUGGGGUGACAGCUGCGGGCUUGCUUUGAGGAAGUAGGGCCUGCGCGAACCUUGUCCCCUAGCAGCAGGCUUUGGCUCAGUCUGUGUCCCGGAGCUGGGCAGCCAGGCGGGACUUGAGGUCUCGCCGUCUUGUUGUUGCUGUUUGUGCCUCUUUGACUGUUUGCCUGCGGGCCUUUUAAUAAAAUAUAGUCGCCUCUGACAUUCCUCAUCGAGGAGAGUUCACAGGCUGUCUCUUCCUUCGGGGCCUGACAUCAGUACCAUCCCGACUCAUUUCCCUUUUGUCUGCCCUGGAAGUCUUUCUAGAUGGGCCCCCCAGCCGGAGGGGGAGGGCUCCCAGCUCAGGGAGGCCAGUGAGGGGCUGUGAGCCUAUGGACUUUGAUGUACGAUCAGGGGACGCAGAGUGUAAAGAGAGCUCUGCUCACUGCAAGGAUUUGAGCUUUUGCUUGCAGUUUGGUCUUCAUCAUUGUCCUACCUGCGGCUGGACAGGAGCUGCUCGGUGUUGGCUGAAACUCGGCCACUUCGUGGAAUGAGCAGUUUCCGGUUGUUCAGGGAAAGGGAGUAGAGACACGUAUUCUGUGCCAAGAAUCAAUUUUACCAUCGGAAAUACCAGCUAACGUGUGAGUCAAAGUGUGGGUAAGGGACAGGAAGGAAUCAAAUAAUUCUGUGCAUGGUUGUUAAUUCGGAUAACUUGGAUUUUCAUGAUUUUUAUAUAAAAAUCCAAGUUAUCUGAAUAUAUAAUAUAUGUAUACAGUUAUCUGAAUAUAUAAUAUAUGUAUACAGUUAUCUGAAUAUAUAUAUGUAUACAGUUAUCUGAAUAUAUAUAUAUAUAUCUGUAUUUCUGUGUGUGUGUGUAUAUAUACACAGUAUCUUAAUGCAGAUACCUUAAUCAUCUUAUGUUAUUUCUUGAAGUAUACAUGUGUCCAGUUUUACCCUAAGAAUAACUUUACGGAUGUCCAAAUUGUUCAUAUCCUCCCGGGGUCCUCUGGUAGAAUAUUAAAUUAAAAUUCAUAGAUUGGUAUUCAUGCCU